AUGGCUGUCGACGCCGUGCAAUGGAUGGCGAAUGUGCGCGUUGGCGAAUUGCAAGAGCCUAGUGAUGGCGAACUCUCUUCUUCAGCCCCCAGCACUGUUCCAGCUGUAGACCCCACCGUUUUGCCUCAUGAGAUUUUGCGUGUGAAUUCCCACUUCCCGAACACGCUUGAAUCUAUCGAUAUUGCACAUCGCCGCUGUACAGUCGCCGUUAGUGGGCCGUGGCACAAUGAGGGAGAUGGCGCACUUGCAUACCUGCGUGUUAUGUUCACUUUCCCACGAGCGUAUCCACGUGAGCCACCGGCUAUUGAGAUCGAACGCAGCGCAAGUAUACCUUUCAAAACGCGAGCCGAGUUGUACCGGUCACUCGUGGACCUAGUCGAAGAGUGUACCAUGGAAAAAGCACUUUGUCUUGAAGCAUGUGUCGCUUUUUUAGUACAAAGCUCUAACUCGAAUCACAACAGGUCGAGUUUGCCUUCUUGCUCGCGUUCAUCAACUACUUUGAAUACCAAUAACAGAUUUGCGCGCUCAUACCAAGCGGUGGCCGAUGCUGUGAUGCAGUUGACUCUUCGAUCCACCGACAUGUUGGAUUCUUCUCUUGUCGACAUGGAUAUCGUGCAAUUGAUGAGUACGAAUGUGCUAGGACGUGCUCAUCAUACUGGUUUUUCUUCAAUGGAGGAGCGUCAUAAGGAAUCGAACCCUCAUGAAUCACAAGCUUUGCCAUCUAAAUGA